AUGGAGUGCAGUCAUGCUACUAUCGCUGACCCUGUCGAUGCUGACAUGCUCAGCGUGACAUCUGAUGCCGAAACUCUGGUGUCGAGACCGCCAGGCAAGACGGCUCGAGAUGUGGCACGAGACCAGAUCCGUCAGGCUCGCCAGUAUCAGCAGCAGAUCGAGCACACCACCACCAGUGUCGUCCGCAAACCCAUCGUGGCCGGCACCAGUAAGUUCUACGAUACCAUCCUGCGAGAAUGGGAUCUGUUUGCGGCCGACUAUCGAGGCUCGAAAGACCCGAGAAACCUCAAGACUGCCAAAAACUUUGUCUUGUACUUCACGCAAGGUCGACAAGGACGAAACGAGCCAGGCGGUCGUUUGACGGUGGCCUACACCUACACGGCCUGGAAGUCCUUUAUGGCCGCCUGGAGUCGUCAACAUCACACGUCGUUCACCAAGAGUCACCAAGACACCAUCCUCAACUUCAUCAAAGGCGGCGAAGCCGGCUCCCCUAGCCUAUCUCGCAAGAUGCGGCCUAAGCGCAACUUUACACGUGAUGAUUUUCUGGCGUGUAUCAUGCAGCUGUGGCAGAACGACUGGUAUGACUUUGACCACGAGCGAUAUCGAGUUGGCUUGCAUCUGUUGUUGCUGUUGCACUGCAACACCUCGGCUCGGCGUGCAGAGUACGAGCGAGAGUGGACGUAUGCUGACAUCAACGUGAGUGUGGUCUGGCUGGAUCAGGCCAAGCAGCCUCAGCUGGUGAUCGACUUUCAGCGCACCAAGGCCAAAGGGUUGCAGGACUGGGAGAGUGAGCAGCCCCAGCACAUGCUGUACGAGCUGGUCGACUUACCCUUCUACUGCAAUAGUGUGCUUUUUUUCAUGGCGGCUGCCUUGGCAGACGAUGCUCUGCGGGACUACCACACAUGGGACAGCAUCUGUGACAUUUCGAAGCCUGACAAAAAGAAGCACAUCACCCUACAUUGGCACCCGGACAAAGCUGACUGGCCCAUUUUUCCUCGCAGCUUGCGUCAGGGACAGCUCGACCACACUCGUAUGUCAUCCUCCUUGACCUCCAAGGCGUUGGUGGACUUGGGAUACCGCGCAGGCUUCCAAGACAACGUGGUACUGCAUGCGGCUCGACGUGAAGUGCUGUUGCAGGUUGACAAUUAUGGCUACUCCUGCAACGAGAGGAUGCGUUUUGCUGCCCAUGUCAACAGCGAUACCUACCGCCGAUCAUACCAGACUGCGAUGCCAAUGGUCGAUGGUCAAGCGUCAUACUUCCACUUUCAAGCCACCAGCACUGAGCUGCAUGACUUGCGUCGCAGCUACGGCUGGAGCCAAAACCCAUACCACCAGCCCAUGCUGAAGGAAGCACUACGACAGGCUGCAUGGAAGAAUGUCAAGGAGGGUAAGGAUAGCGAGGAUCAGGAUCGAGAAGCCAGUCCGGUACACGCUAAAGAGCGCCAGAAGGACUAUGACCUAUGGCGGCAACAACGAGACCGGUUGAUUCGCGAGCAGAACAAGCAAGUCGAAUCAUCGGAACCUCAUGCGCAGGUGUACGAGUCGAACUUCAGCCAAGCGCGUAAGCUCAUGCCUGAGCGGGACCGAUUGGCCACAUCACUCUUCUGUGAAGGCAGUCUCCGAGACGUAGUUGGUCGCAAGGUCAUGCAUGACUUGAUCGCGCUAUGUGGUACACAAACACGCAAAGCACACUGCGCCACCCUCAACAAGUCUGGUCUAACGUGUGAUGUAUGCCGAAUUAAGUGUAUGCCUCACGAGGAACACAAAUGGUGGUCGCACGUCUAUCACUGCCGGAAGAGGUCAGAGAAAAACAUGGGCAGCUUUGCCGAGUUCUGCUUCUUGUGUUUCCAGUGGUAUGACGAUCACGAUGACUGGGCCGCACAUGCCCAAACGCACAUCGACCAGCCUCCUUUGCACUGCUCGAUGGCGACCUUUCGUCACAACGUCAUUCGACCGGGACUGUGUCCGGCGUGCCUUGGACACGGCGAGUAUCACCAGCACCUCAACCUCACCAACUGGAAGAGACACAUCCAAGACCAUGUACUUCGAGGCAAGAGCACAGCGUGUCCGCACCCGGGCUGUCGACAGCUCUCUGCAAUGAACAGCAGAGUCACCUUCCUCGAGCAUCUCGCGGACGCUCAUGAUAUUCGGCUUGACAAAGGAAAGAGGCCAAAAGCCCUGAACGCCAGCACGAUGUGUGACACUGCCCACCAGCCAACAGCAGUGUCGUUCGUCCACACCGACGCCGCUCACUUCGCUAAGCUCGGUCUCCACGAUAGAAACGUGGAGCUGGGAAGUCAGCAGCCACAGCAGCAGCGAGCGGAUGAGGUCGACCUAGUUGAUUGUGAUGUGGUUGACAGGCUUGACGAGACUGACGAAGAGAUAUCGGUCAGUGAGCAGGGAGAUGGACCGACACGACCGGGAAGUCCUGCUGUCAGAGACGACAAGGAUCAUCACACAAGUGAUGGCAUUAAAUGUACGGGCGCGAAGAUACUGCAGAACAGGCCAACCGACUCGGCGAGAGAAGAGACCUGUGGUAUUGCGGAGCCUAUCUCGGCUGUUGAACAUCGAUUCUGUUCAGGUGGAGCGCAGCAAGAACGUUCGCGCAAGAAGACGAACGUGAUGGUAAUCGUGCCGCCUGUGCCUGACUCGUGGAGGAAUGUGCCCCUGAUGGACGAUGAUGGUGAGAGUAUCGCUUUGUCGGCCGGCAAAGCGAUGUCUCCGCGGAACAUACGCACACAGUCUCGACGAGGUCGACCUCGUGGCUCUCGCAAUCGUGCGACGCUGCGGCGAGAGCGACGUCUUGCCACACUGACUAAGACAACCAAUCCUUAA